AUGAGCCUUCCCGGAAAUUACCGGCCGGAAAGUUACCAGCCGCAGGAGACUUACCGGCCACAGGAGGCGCUUUCGCCGGCGAGGAACGACGGGCCGGCCAUGGGGUGGGUGGCCCGGCCGCGGGGGGCGAGGGGGAGUUUGGACGGGGGAGGCGCGGGAGGUGCGGGCGGAGCGGAGAGGCGCACGCGGAGUGUUGCAAGCAGCGGGGAAGGAAGGGGAAGGAUGUAUGGCGGAAGCGCAGUCGCAAGCGCGGAAGGGAGGCUCGGAUUCGGCGCAGGCGGAGGGGGGAUCGGCGGAGGGUUUUCCGCGGAAGGGAGGAGCGCGUAUUUCCCCGACGCGAAAGCGGGGGCGUACGGCGCGGGGGGAGGAUAUGGCGCUGGGGGGGAAGGAAUCGGCGCGGGGGUCAGUGCAGGGUUCAGCGCGGGCGGCGGAAGCAGCGGAAUUAGCGGAGGGGCGGAGUUCAGCAGCAGUGCGCUGAUUGGUGUGGCGCAUGGGCCGCAGCCUGUGACUGUAGCGGUGAACAUUCGACCGCUUAUAUCGAGGGAGCUUACAACGAGGUGUAUGGAGUGCGUCACUGUUCCCCCUGGAGGCGCGCCGCAGGUCCGAGUGCUACCUGAUUGGCUAUUCACAUACGACCAUGUGUACGGAGGUGGCGGUGGGCGGCCCAUGUCGUUUCUGUUUGACGACUGCAUUGAGCCGCUGGUGCUGGGGCUGUUCGAGGGGUACAACGCCACUGUGUUCGCAUAUGGGCAGACCGGGUCAGGGAAAACCUACACAAUGGGGACGGCGGUGCAGGGCGGCAUGUAUGGGGAUGUGGACGGCUGCGGGCCGUCCGCUGUGGAAAAGCAGGGCGGCGUGACUCGGCGCGUAGUGGACACGCUGUUCACGCGUGUGGAGCAGCUCAGUGGCCUGGCGCGUUUCCAAAUCCGAGUGGCUCUCAUAGAGAUCCACAAGGAUGACAUUCGAGACCUGCUUGAACUGACCAGUCUGGGGGCAGGAGGCGGGGCGAACAUGUAUCCCCACUCUGCUGCCUCGCGGGCUAUCAUGAGCAGCGGGCCGAGCCGGCAGCCAAUCAGCAUCCGCGAGACGGCGGGCGGCAUCACCCUGGCGGGGGUGACGGAGCAGGUCGUGCACUCGAGGGAGGAGGCGAUCUCAUGCCUCGAGGACGGGCUGUUGUUCCGAGCAACCGGGGGUCACAACCUGAAUGCACGGUCCAGUCGUUCCCACGCCAUCUUCACGAUAUUCAUCGACAUGUUCCGCCCCCGAGGGGGGGGCAUGGGCGCGCGGUCAGGGGGAGGGGGGAGGGGGCGCGCGGACGAGGAGCAUUUGUGCGCCAAGAUGCAUCUGGUGGACCUGGCUGGGUCGGAGCGGAUCAAGAGGACACACGCUGAGGGGGUGCGCAUGCAGGAAGGCAUCCACAUCAACCGUGGGCUGCUGGCACUGGGCAAUGUUAUCAGUGCACUGAGCACCAAGGAUAAAGACGACCGGCGCAAGAGGGAGGGCAAGGGCGGCUGGCCGUCUGGCCCCACGCACGUGCCGUAUCGCGACAGCAAGCUGACAAGGCUGCUACAGGACUCGCUGGGUGGCAACAGCCGGACCGUUAUGAUUGACAGCAACGUGGACGAGACAAUCAACACGCUCAAGUACGCCAACCGGGCGCGCAACAUCUGCAACAAGCCCACCGUGCUCAGGGAGAUUGAUGCAGAGGGAGGUCCGCCGCCUGCUGGUCUCUGCCUCGUUCUGUACAGCAACAUAGACGAGACAAUCAACACGCUCAAGUACGCCAAUCGAGCGCGCAACAUCUGCAACAAGCCCACCGUCAACCGCCUGGAGGAGAUCGACGCCGAGGAGGUCCGCCGUCUCCGCCAGCAGAUCGGCCUGCUACAGUCCGAACUCGCCCGCGCCUCCUCCGCCGCCUCUGCCGCCCACAAUGAUGACGAGGUCCAGCAGCUGCAGCAGCGUGUUGAUUGGCUGGAGUCGAGUAACGGGAAGCUGAGGCAGGGUUUGGCUGAAGCUCAGCAGGCGUUGUCAGUGCAAGAGCAGAAGGCGGCUGAUGCUGAGGGGACUUGUGUGCGGUUGAGGAGGGAGAUGGCGGCGGCGAUUACGGCGCUGGAUCAAGAACGGUCCGAGGCUGCGCUGCUCCGGCGCCGAGCCGAGGAGAGUGGUUCGGCGGGGGAGGGUGGGAGGGGUGGGGUGGAUUCGGCGGAGGUGGCGAGGCUGAGGGAGCGGGUUGCCGAAGCUGAGGCGAAGGCUCGGAGGGAGGCGGAGAGGGCGGAGGAGGUGGAGGUUCGGGCCGAGUCGGAGAGGCAGCGGGCUGACGGAGCUGAGGAGGAGGCUCGGCAGGCUGUGGCUCGGGCGGAAGAGGCCGAAGCUCUGGCUUGGGAACUGAAGGUCCAGGCGGCAGCAGCUACGGCCCGAUCCGAGUCAGACUCGGGGAACCUUGCCGAAGCUCAGGCCGGGUGGGAGAAGCAAAUGGAUUCGUUACGGGAAGCAGCGGCUGCUGAAGGGGUGAAACGGGCGGUGUUGGAAGCACGGCUGGAGCAGCUGCAGGAGGAGUGUGAGGGGCUGAGGAGGAGGGUGGAGGAGGAGAGAGUGAGGGCAAAGAGCGCUGAAGCUGCUCUUGCAGUGGAGAGAGGGAGAGGGGAGAGGGAUGUGGAGGUGGGGAGGCUGACUGCAGAGGUAGAGGUGACUAAACUGCAAGCGGAGGUGAGUAUAUUGAAGGAGCAGGCGGCAGCAGAGGCGGGGAAAGCAGCGGAAGCAGUGGCAGCGGCAAAAGAAGCAAGGGAAGAUCUGCAGGUGUUUAGGCAGGACGUGCAUGUGCUGUCGCAGCGACUAUCCUGUGCUGAGGAUGCUCUUAAAGAGGAAGAAGCUAAGUCUAUGGAGCUCGAGUUAGAGGUAGCGAGGCUGAAAGCGGAUAUUGCUGCUGCCGAAGCUGUGGCAGGCGUGGCUAAAAAGAGGGUGGACGAAGCCGAAGCUGAGGUUCGGCGGGCCCGAGCCGAAGGUGCGGAGGCUCGGGUGAGAGGAGCAGGUUCGGCGGGGUGGAGAUGGAGUGAGGAUAGAGAGGAGGAAGAGGAUGAGGAGGAGGAGGAGGAGGAGGAGGAGGAGGCGGAGGAGAGGGAGGGGGAGCGGGAGGGGGAGAGAGUGAGGGAGGACGUGAGGUUGUUGAUGGGGAGUGUGGUGGAGCUUGCAAAGGAGUUGGGGAUUGAGUGGGGAGGGGGAGAGGAUGGACAGGAGGGUACGCCUGGGGAGGAGGGGGAGGAGGCGGAGGAGGAGGGAGACGCAGGUGGGAGGAACGUGGGGGCUGUAUCGAACCACAAAGGGCUGGUUCGGGUGCUGGACGAGGUUCGGCGCAGGCUUGGGCUCACAGGAGAAAGUUCUGCUGGUGCAGGCUCGGCAGGUCAGGAGAAUGAAGCGAGGGGCGAGGAGGGAGAGGAGCAAAAGGGGGGAGAAGAGGGAAGGAAGAGCAGCAGUGGAGAGGAUGAAGAUGAGAGGGUGUGGGUGGAAGAAGUUAGAAAGGCCCUCACAGCAGCUCACGAGCAGGACAUGAAGGAGGUCAAGAGAGAGAUAGAGGCACUAGAGAAGAGAGUGGGAGAAGCUAAGAGAGACGCAGAAGACGCUCGGCUGCAGCUGGUGCAGGCUCGGAAUAGGCUCCAGGAGGCUCGGGAAGAGGCGGAGCAGGCUCGGAGGCAGUCGGAGGAGGCUCGGGGGGAGCUGGAGGAGGUUCGGGCGAAGGCUGAGUGGGGUGAGAAGGGGAGGGAGGUUCUUGAGAGGGAGGUGGAGGAAGGGAGAGAGAAGGUGAAUGAAAUGGUUAAGGAAAUGGAAAGAGUUUUAAGUGAGGUGAAAGUGGGGAAAGGGAGAGAGGAGGAGGCGGAGAGGAGGAGGUUGGAGGUGGCAAGGGAGAUGGAGAGGGUGAGAGAGCGGUUGGAAGCGGUGGAGGCAGAGAGAGAGGCACUGAGAGGGGUGGCUGAGGAGGUGGAGAGGGAGAAAGAGGAGGCUGAGGGGAGGAGGGAGGAGAUGGAGAGGAGGGAGAGGGAGAUGAAGGAGAGGGUGGAGGGGCUGAGAGAGGAAAUCGAGGAGCAGAGGCGGGAGUUGUCAGUGAGGGAGGAGAAGAUUGGGGAGAUAAGGCGGGAGCUAGAGGCGAAGGAGGAGGAGGUGGGGGAGGUGAUGGAGAGGCGAGUGGCUGCAGAGCAGCAGGCAGCUAUGGAGGCGGAACAGGCUGAGAGGGUGGCGGCGCAACUCCAAUCCCAAAUGGAGCUCCUCGGUGCAGCCACAUUCGUGGCGCUGCCAUCAGAGGAGCUGCUGGGGGAGAUCUCAGCCAAGUACCCGCAGCUUCCUCACCUUAUCCCAUCCCUUCCCCAUGCCCCCUCUUUCAUCUCUCCCUUUCAGCAGGCGCAGCACCAAACCCUGCUGGGCCUGCUUGAAUCAGCCACGUUCCUGGCGCUCUGCCUUGAGAAGAGUUGGUGGGGGAGGUCUCAGCUAACAUUGCUGAAGCUUCUUGAAGCUGCCACGUUCCUGGCGCUGCCAUCAGAAGAGUUGCUGGGGGAGGUCUCAGCUAAGUACCCGCAGCUUCCUCACCUUAUCCCAUCUCGUCUCGUCCCAUGUGCCCCCUCUUUCAUCUCUCCCUUUCACCAGGCGCAACUUCAAGCAUUGCUGAAGCUUCUUGAAGCUGCCACGUUCCUGGCGCUGCCAUCAGAAGAGUUGCUGGGGGAGGUCUCAGCUAAGUACCCGCAGCUGGAGCAUCUGUUGCUGCACAUGGAUGCUGCUGGCAUGGCUGGGAUGCACUUGGGUGGUGGUGCUGGUGCUGCUGGUGGUGAUGGUGAUGGUGGUCUUGGUGCUAGUGUUGGUGGUGAUGGUGGUGAAUCAGAUAUGGGCUUGUCAGGUGCGAGUUCCCCGUCUGCCUCGCCCUAUCGCUACACUGUGUCUCACCUGUCCUCCUCUCACACUCACUCCCCCGUCUCGGGGCCUCUAGAGGGACCAGAGAGGGAGGGGGAGGGCGAGGGUGGUGAGGAUGGUGGGGAGGGCGGAGAGGGUGGUGGUGGUGGUGGUGAUGGUGAUGAGGCGAUGCAAGUAGCGCUUUUGGACGGGCAACAGAAGGAGGGGGAGGAGGAGGAACUCGCUUUGGUGCCAGCAGCAGCAGCAGCAGCAGCAGCAGAGGGAGAAGUGACGCUUACGAGUCGUGGCACUAUCGAGGAGGAGAGUGGUCAGCUCUCUAUAGUGCCAGCACCUGAAGAGGAAGCGCUGUAUCUGGUUACAACCGCCAGUGGUAACCACCUUGAUGGUUCUUCGCCCACAGAGGUGCUUUUGUCUUCGUGUGGGAGGGCUGGAAGGGGGAAGAGAGGGGAGAGGAAGGAGUGUGAGGAGAGUGAGGAGCGAGAGGAGAGGGAGGAAAAAGAGGUUGUUUCGGUGGUGGAGGUGUUUGGAAGUCCAGAUGAUGGUGUAAGAGAGAAGAAAGGGAGGAGAGGAAGGAAGGGGAGGAGGGGCAGGGAGGAGGAGGAGGAAGAGCAACGGGGUUCGGAAAUGAGUGCGGGACUGAGUCUGCAAAAGUGGGUUCCCGAUGCUGCAGCAGAAGAGGAUGGUGAUGAUGCAAGUGGCGGUGGGGAGGGUGGUGGAAGUGGGUGCUUACAAGGUGCUCCUACUCCCACUGCAGACGAAUUUAAUGGCAUGGAUGGGAUGGGCGCUGGGGAAGGCGAGGAGCAAGGUGCAGGUGGUGCUAAGGUGCUACGAAGCAGUAGCAGCAGCGGCAAGGUGCCGCGGAGUAAUUCACAGCGCAGUAAGCCCCUCUUCUAUAUCACCCCGGAUGCUCCUGACUCGCACAAUGUUUCAUCAAAGGAUGCAUCAGCAGCAGCAGAGGCAGCAGCAGCAGCGGGAGGAGAAGGAGUGGAGGCUGCGGGGGGUGACGAGGCAUGGGGAGCAAGUGGGGAAGCGGACAGACUCUCUAGGUUUAAUCGGGUCAAGAGCAGAGCUGGAGCUAGAGCAUCAUGCAUGAGUAUGAGAUCGGCAAGGUCGGCUGAUAAGGAAUCAUCCUCUCCUCCCUUAAAGCCCACGUCGAGAGCCAACCUGCCGGACCACGCCCCUGCUGCUGCUCUCGCUGCUGGUGCUCUAGCGAACCCGGCUGUGUUUGCUGCUGCUGGCGGCUCUGCUGCUGCUGUUGCUGCGGCGGUUGCUGCUGUGGCUGGGAAUGGUCGCAGGGGCGGGGAGGAAACAGAGGAGAAUGACGAGGUGGGGGUGAUGCAGAACGCCUCUCCUCUCAUGGCUCCUCGAGUCUCCUGCAUGCCCAUUGGCUUUGCUAGAUCACCACGCGGUAACGGCAGCAGCAGCGGUGGUGCUGGUGGUGGUGGCAGCGGCGGCGGUGGGGGAAGCGGCGGCGGCAGCGGCGGCGGUGGUGGUGGCAGCAGAACGCACUCGUUUGCAGGGGCAGUGUUGGGGAAUCUAGCCCUGACUCAUGGGCUCAGAAGGACGUUCAGACGGAAGCUCAAGGGGGGAGGGAGCCGCGGGGGUAGCAGUGGUGGGGGCAGUGUCCAUGGUGGUGAUAUUGGGGGUGUUGAUGUUGCUGGUGUUGCUGGCAGUGGUAACCGCAUGGGUAACCAGACUGGCCAUGUGCAAAACGCAGGCCCGCUGUCCCCGAGGGGGUACUCAGGCUGGGGAGUGGGGGGGGGAGGGGGAGGGGGAGGGGGAGGGGGAGGGGGAGGGGGAGGGGGAGGGGGAGGGGGAGGGGGAGGGGGAGGGGGAGGGGGAGGGGGAGGGGGAGGGGGAGGGGGAGGGGGAGGGGGAGGGGGAGGGGGAGGGGGAGGGGGAGGGGGAGGGGGAGGGGGAGGGGGAGGGGGAGGGGGAGGGGGAGGGGGAGGGGGAGGGGGAGGGGGAGGGGGAGGGGGAGGGGGAGGGGGAGGGGGAGGGGGAGGGGGAGGGGGAGGGGGAGGGGGAGGGGGAGGGGGAGGGGGAGGGGGAGGGGGAGGGGGAGGGGGAGGGGGAGGGGGAGGGGGAGGGGGAGGGGGAGCCAUGUCGCCUUUCCAUUCCAGCCAGGGGGGCAGCCCCAUGCAUCGUAGCGGGAUGAACAUUCCCAUGCAUGCUGCUGCUGGUGGUGGGGGAGGGAUGAGCCCGUGGAGAGGAGGCGGCAGUGAGCAGGGGUCACCGAUGCCCGCUCCGUGCCGCGCGGCUGUCACUGAUAGGUCCAGAGCAGCCAGUGGAGACGCGUACAGCGUGAACGGCGCAGCGGAGGGACCCGCGGGGGGUCCGCGGAAGCUGCGCGUGGGGGAGAUGGCGGCGGACAUGAAGCGCAUUCGCGCGCAGAUGGAGGAGGACGAGCAGGUCGCGUCGCUCAUGCGGGGAUUGCGCGGACAGAACCUCCGGGACGAGCAGUUCGCCGAUGCUGACGUCACGAUGCGGCUCGUGGAGUUCGACACCGGGAAAGGUGGCGAGGAGGCGCUUCCGCUGGUGUACGACCCGGAUUUAAUCGCGACCUACUGGCAGAAGCGGCCCGGCGCGAUUUUCAGCCGAAUCGUACAACUUCUCGCUGUAUCGGGGGAUUUCUUAACGAAGGUCGCGGCGGAUAUAGUCACGAAGAAGCUGAAGGAGAACGAGGUGAAACGCGCGAUGGAGUUAAGAGAAAUUGUGACGUCCUUAGGCCCGGCGUAUAUUAAGCUCGGUCAGGCGCUGAGUAUCCGCCCCGAUAUCCUGUCGCCUGCUGCGAUGGUGGAGUUACAGAAACUUUGCGAUAAAGUUCCGUCGUUCGAUAACGAUAUCGCGAUAGCUCUUAUGGAGGAUGAGCUUGGGUUGCCCCCGUCGGAGGUGUUUUCGGAGCUUAGCCCGGCUCCAAUUGCAGCAGCGUCGCUCGGGCAGGUUUACAAGGGUAAACUCAGAUCUACUGGUGAAGCCGUGGCGGUGAAGGUUCAGCGGCCGUAUGUUUUGGAGACGGUCACGAUUGAUCUGUACAUCAUCCGACGGCUGGGACUGGCUCUCCGCGGCAUUCCCCAGAUUGCGACGGACGUGGUGGGGUUGGUCGACGAGUGGGCCGCGCGAUUUUUUGAGGAGCUGGAUUACGUUAACGAAGCUCGCAACGCGGAGCUUUUCGCCGAAUCGAUGGCGAAGGACCUUCCCCAGGUCGUGGUUCCGAAGCCCUUCAUGGAGUACACCUCUCGGCGAGUGCUGGUAACCCAGUGGAUCGACGGCGAAAAGCUUUCGCAGAGCACGGCGGACGACGUGGGUUCGCUGGUAAACGUCGGCGUUAUUUGCUACUUGAAGCAGUUACUAGACACGGGAUUAUUCCACGCCGAUCCGCACCCCGGAAACCUUAUUCGAACACCCGACGGAAAGCUAUGCGUGCUCGAUUUCGGCCUGAUGACGCGAAUCACCGACACUCAGAAGUACGGCAUGAUCGAGGCGAUCUCGCAUCUGAUCCACCGCGAUUACCCCGCGAUCGUCGAAGAUUUCGUCCUCCUGGAUUUUAUUCCCGAGGGCGUGAAUCUGAAUCCGAUCAUGCCGGUUCUCGCGCGCGUUUUCGACCAGGCGUUGGAGGGCGGCGGCGCGAAGGGGAUUAAUUUCCAGGAGCUCGCCGCGGAUCUUGCGCAGAUCACGUUCGAGUAUCCGUUCCGCAUUCCGCCGUACUUCGCGCUGAUCAUCCGCGCCAUAGGCGUCCUCGAGGGUAUCGCAUUAGUGGGCGACCCGGAGUUCGCUAUAGUCGACGCUGCUUAUCCGUACAUCGCGCAGCGGCUGCUAACGGACCCGUCCCCGCGCCUGCGCGCCGCGCUGAGAUACACCAUCUAUGGGCGGUCCGGAGUGUUCGACGCGGACCGUUUUAUAGACGUUAUGGAGGCCUUUGAGACGUUCGCGGCUAACGCCAAGUCAGGGCGGGGAGCGCAAUUCGCGGAUUGGGGGGCGGACGCAGGUGGGGAAGGGGAAGUGGUGGAGGUAAUCUCUACAGAUGGUGCUACUGGUGAGGUCAAUGGAGUUGCGACUGUGACUGUAAACGGGAGUGCUUCUAACGGUGCAGGUUCAACAAGCGCUGCCCUCCCUUCCUCCUCCUCCCAGCCCUCCCCUCUCUUCCCUCCCUCCUUCCUCCCCUCCUCCCCCUUCGACUCCCUCUUCCCGACCACCGCCCUCGUCUUCCCGGAAGCUUCCCUCCAGCUGUCAGAAGCUGAGCUCAGCAACACAGGCAACGCCCGGGCGGCACUGGCCUUCAUCCUCUCCCCCCGCGGCGCCUUCUUCCGAGAUUUUAUUCUUGACGAAGUGGUGAAGGGCGUAGACGCUCUGGCACGAGAGCAAAUCGCAUCGCUGCUGAACGUCUUAUCGAACCCCACGUCGCCGAGCGCGACCGCUGUGAUAAGGAACACGCCCUUGGCGGGAGCGCUACCGCUGCUUAUGCUGCUGCCGCCGCUGCCCGGACAGCAGCAGGUGCAGGAGCUGGUGCAUGCAGUAACCCCACGUGUUACGGAUGAGGAUCGGGCGGUGCUGGAGAAUUUGAGAAAGGUUGUGGCGUUUUUGAGCCGGGGAAGUGAUAACAGCAGCAAUAGCAGCAGCAGCGGUUAUACCACGGAGGAUGAAGCUAUGUGGGCUGUGGAUGGGAGAGUUAACUCACAGCAGUCCCAACAGGGGCCAUUGUUGUCAGUGUUGAGGGAUCAGAUGGCUGCGGUGGCACUGUCUCAGGAACUGGGUUCGCUGCUUCCCAGCGUUGCUGUGCAGAUUGUGCCUGAAGUAGCGAGCCGGCUGUCGUCUCGGGUGACUGCUAGGUUUAUCCGAGAUGUGUUUCUGGAUGCUUGA